AAGAAUUGUGUAAAGUAAUGGUCUUAGGCACAGCUUCUACAUUUGUUUCAGUUCUGUUUUAAUAUUUGCAAUAUACCGUAAUAUUAACUUCUCUAUGAUCUUAUAGAAUUGUUGCUUAUUUUUGUAUAUCAAAGAUUUCUAGAAAAUCUCUUUGAGAUGUAAUAUUUCUGUUCAGUCCCAGAAAUCUUGGAUUGAAGGUGCCUUCAGUAAAAGAGAAUGUGCAAAAAUUGUACCCAGCUCAAAAGAUUCUCACAGAUGUUUUCAACAUUCACGUUACCAUCAGUCCAGUGGAUCACUGUACAGAGGUUCUGCAGGAUGUCAAGUAUGCCAGAAUCUAAUUCGUCCGAAAAAGAAAAAUAUAAUGUGGAAUGGUCUGUUGAAAAAGAUACAAAGAUGAGUCCAACUGAUGCAUUUGGUACAAUCAAUUUUCAAGACAGUGAUCACACUUACCAUGCUAAGUAUAUCAGAACCUCUUAUGACAUAAAGCUAGAUCAGCUAUUGCAGCUCAUGAUUAAAGAAUGGCGGAUGGAAUUUCCCAAAUUGGUCAUUUCGGUUCAUGGUGGGAUCCAAAACUUCAAACUUCCAUCUAAAGUGGUACAACUUUUCAGCAAAGGACUGGUCAAAGCUGCUGAAACUACGGGUGCUUGGAUAUUAACAGAAGGCAUUAACACUGGAAUAUCUAAACAUGUGGGAAAUGCAUUGAAAUUCCAUGCCUCUCAAUAUUUAAGAAAGGUCUGUGCUAUUGGAAUUUCCCCUUGGGGCAUCAUUGAAAAUCAGAAAGAACUUAUUGGCAAAGAUGUAGUCUGCCUGUAUCAGACACUUGGCAAUCCCCUUAGCAAACUGAGCACCCUCAACAGCAUGCAUUCCCAUUUCAUACUGGUUGAUGAUGGCACAAUGGGCAAGUAUGGCAGUGAGAUGAAACUCAGGAGAAGUCUGGAAAAGUAUCUAUCACUUCAAAAAAUACAUACCCGAAUGGGACAAGGUGUACCCUUAGUUGGUCUACUGGUAGAAGGCGGUCCCAAUGAAAUCCUGACAGUCUGGGAAUAUGUCAGGGAUACACCUGCUGUUCCGGUAGUAAUAUGUGAAGGAACCGGAAGAGCAGCUGACCUGCUUGCAUUUACCUAUAAACACACCACAGAUGACACAAACUGGAACGCUCAACUUAAGGAAAAGAUAUUAUUAAAGAUUCAGAACAGCUUCAGUUUUGGGCAAAAGCAGUCCCAUCAUUUGUUGAAAAUUUUAAUGGAAUGUAUGGAACAUAGGGAUUCUAUAACAAUAUUUGAUGCUGAAUCAGAGGAGCAUCAGGACAUGGAUCUCGCAAUCCUGACUGCACUCUUGAAAGGCACACAUAUGUCUGCUCCAGAUCAGCUCAAUCUGGCUCUGGCUUGGAACAGAUUGGACAUUGCUAAAAAACAUAUAUUGGUUUAUGGGCAACACUGGAAGGUUGGCUCCCUUGAACAAGCAAUGCAGGAUGCCCUCAUAAUGGAUCGGGUAGAAUUUGUGAAAUUGCUAAUAGAACAUGGUGUGAAUCUACACCGGUUCCUUACAAUAUCACGGCUGGAAGAGCUUUACAAUACUAAACAAGGGCCAACAAAUCUACUUUUGCAUCAUCUUCUUUGUGACGUGAAACAGAGUACUUUUCCAGUGGACUAUAAAAUAUCAUUGAUUGAUAUUGGAUUGGUUAUAGAAUACUUGAUUGGUGGAGCUUAUCAGAGCAGCUACACAAGAAAACAUUUCAGAAUUUUAUGCAAUAAUAUUUACAGGAAACAUAAGAAUCAGGAAGUUGUCUCCAGGCUGGCCCAGAACGUCUCACUUCAUCAGGUUAAUCAGACUGGGAGUCGAAGUGGAACUGCUGAAAAUACUUUGCAUUCCCAGUUUAUCAGAACAGCUCAGCCAUACAAAUACAAAGAAAAAUCACCAAAUCUCCAUAAAUCCAAGAAGAAGGUCAAAGAUGAAUUCACAGUAUUUGAUGACCAAGAGUCAGUUGGUUUUAUUUACCCCUACAAUGAUCUCUUGGUUUGGGCGGUUUUGAUGAAAAGGCAGAAGAUGGCUAUGUUCUUUUGGCAGCAUGGAAAGGAAGCAAUGGUCAAGGCUGUGGUAGCUUGCAAACUCUAUAGGGCCAUGGCACGGGAAGCCAAACAAUGCAACAUGGAGGAUGAUACAGCAGAGGAACUGAAGAAGUAUUCAAAUGAGUUUGGGCAGCUUGCUCUAGAUGUGUUAGAUAAUGCAUUCAAACAAAAUGAGCAGAUGGCCAUGAAGCUGUUGACAUAUGAGCUGAAGAACUGGAGUAACUCAACAUGUCUGAAACUGGCUGUGUCAGUGGGUUUGAGACCUUUUGUAUCUCACACAUGCACCCAGAUGCUGUUGACUGAUAUGUGGAUGGGGCGUCUGAAAAUGAGAAAGAAUUCCUGGUGUAAGAUGGCCUAUAUAGCCUUUCUCAUGCUGUUUACUUACACAAUCCUGGUGAAGAUGAAACCAACCCCCAGUGCUCAAGAAUGGCUUGUGAUCACCUACAUUUUUACUACCUUCAUUGAGAAAGCCAGAGAGAUUUUUAUUUCAGAGCCAAGCAAGUUCAUCCAAAAGGUGAAAGUAUGGAUUUAUGAAUACUGGAAUUUUACAGACUUUAUUGCUAUCAUCCUGUUCAUGACCGGAUUUGGUUUGCGCUGGGCUAAUCCUCCACUUCAAACAGUCGGAAGAUUAAUUUAUUGUUUGGAUAUAAUAUUCUGGUAUGCUCGACUUCUUGAUUUUUUUGCCGUGAAUCAGCAUGCUGGCCCCUAUCUGACAAUGAUAGGCAAAAUGACAGCAAACAUGUUCUAUAUUGUAAUUAUGAUGGCCAUAGUACUAUUAAGCUUUGGUGUUGCACGAAAAGCAAUACUUUCUCCAAAUGAGCAGCCAUCAUGGACUCUUGCACGAGAUAUUGUAUUUCAGCCAUAUUGGAUGAUAUUUGGUGAGGUGUAUGCAGGAGAAAUUGAUGCUUGUGAAUUAGAUAAAAACUGUCCUCCAGGUUCAUUUCUCACCCCAUUUCUUCAAGCAGUGUACCUCUUUGUACAAUACAUCAUUAUGGUCAAUCUCCUUAUUGCUUUCUUCAAUAAUGUUUAUUUUGAUAUGAAGUCUAUGUCAAACAAACUCUGGAAAUAUAACCGUUACCGCUAUAUCAUGACAUACCAUGAAAAGCCAUGGCUGCCUCCACCUUUCAUCAUACUGAGCCAUAUUGGCCUUGUGCUAAAUUGCCUUUGCAACCGCCGGCUCCCAAGUCAACUGGAUCAAGAGGAGAAGGAGCAUGUUGAACUCAAACUGUACCUGAGUGAUGAGGAAUUAAAAAAGCUUCAUGAUUUUGAAGAACAGUGUGUGGAACAGUAUCUACACGAAAAGAAGGAAAGCUUUCAUUUCAGCGAUAGUGAACAGAUCCGUGUUACAAAUGAAAGAGUUGAAGAAAUGUUUUCACAGCUGAAGGAAAUUCACGACAAAGUAAUUUAUAUCAAAGAUUCUUUGCUUGCCUUGGACAGCCAACUGGGACACUUACAGGACCUCUCAGUGUUAACAGUUGAUACUCUCAAAGUCAUUUCAGCUGUGGAUACUUUGCAAGAAGGUGAAGUCUUUCUCUCUGAACAGAAGCACCAGACCUGUAGGAAGCUUCCGCAUAGUUGGAGCAACACUCUAUGUUCAAAGGCUUUGAGUUGUAUGGAAAGUGAAAACAUCAAGUACAAUUACUACAGCAUGCCACCUUCUCUUCAGAGGAACCUAGCCAGAAGCCAUUGGUCAUUAGGAGGGGACCAUCCCAUUCUGGAUGGCCUAAACUAUGGUGAAAUCCAAUUAGUCAAGAAAGAGCAAGAACAGGAAGUUGAAAAUGGCCUUCUGACCUCAGAGUUAUCUUCAGAGAAUAAAUCAGGCUCUCGAUAUGGACAGUUUCUUCUUGUGCCUCCAGAUCAGAAAGGAGCUUCUGAAGAUGCUGGUUUAAGUUUGGCCCUUUCAACUACUCUGAAUGAGCUUAAGGAUGAGGACUUAAAAGAUGAAAUAAAACAGAAUGACACUGUCCCUCAAUGCCAUGUAUGCAGUGCCAAUGAUGUGGCAAAAGCAAUGCCGGUUAUCAGCCAAAUGCAGGAGCUGAACAUUUCCCUGGCUAAGAAAGAAAGCGAAACUACUGCCGAACACCAUUUGUCCAUCCACGCGGUUAAUAGCAUCAGCGAGAUCUCUCAAUCUGCUCCUUAUCACUGUGAAGGACCAGGAAAAGGUUAUGUAAAUUGGGGCUUCCUGGAAGACAACGAGAAGAGAGAUGGUGGCAAUUGGUCAAGACGAGCAUGUCAACAAUCGCCCUGUGGCAAAGAAGAUGGCCGUUGCAGUCCUCCGCACAUGCAGAUCAAGGAAUCCAAAUCUUUCUCUUACAGUUCGGAUGUAUCAGAGUACAGCAGUGACAACUCACAGUCUCGCUUGACUUUCCAACGCAGCAUGUCUGUGUGGAUCAACCCUCUGAAGAGAAAUUGGCCUUUCUGCAAAGGGAGCAGCUUUUGUGCCCAUGGUGCUGAGAAAACAGCAAAAACCUGCAAAAUAAAAGAAGUCUCAAAAUCUACUCAGCUCUAUCAGUCAGUAUGGGCCAAGGCAAAAUUUGGAAACAAAGAAAGGAGGUCUUCAAGGAAAAAGCGAAAAACUCUCCAAGUUCCAUUGAUUACAGUAGAUAGUUGCCCUCAGAGCAUCCAAGUGAAUUUCGAACCGCUUCACAGUAAAUCUGCCGAAGACGAAGAGGAACGCAGGGCCAAAUGGCUGACUGUGUCUCACUUCAAGCAACUAAGUUUAGAUCAUAUCAGUUGUAUGCAUCAGGAAAUGAAAAAUCAAGAACUGGUGAGGCAGACAGUGCAAAUCUGUGACUACUUGAGACAAUCGCAAGAGGAUUUAAAUAACAGCAUUGCUUGGACUAGGAAGAAUAGAAAGAAUAAUCUGAGCAGAAGCUACUCGUUGAGAAGUUUAGAUGGAGAUGGCAAUAUCUCACUCUCUUUAAAAACCCCUCAAGAUUUGCACCAUCAUUACUCAGCUGUUGAAAGAAACAAUUUAAUGAGACUGGCUCAAACAAUCCCUUUCACACCAGUGCAGUUUUUUGCUGGAGAAGAAGUAACGAUUUAUAGACUGGAAGAAAGUUCACCUUCGAGCCUUGAUAAAAGCAUGUCCUCUUGGUCACAGCACGGCAUGGCUGCCAUGAUUCAAGUUUUGUCUCAAGAGGAAAUGGAUGGAGGAUUGAGGAGAGCCAUGAAAGCUGUCUGCACCUGGUCUGAAAAUAAUGUGCUCAAGUUAGGUGAAGUUUUCAUUGUAAAAUCUUUCCUUCCGGAAGUUGUUCGGACUUGGCAGAAGAUCUUCCAUGAAAGCACAGUCCUCCAUCUAUGUCUCAGAGAAAUACAACAGCAAAGGGCAGCUCAGAAAUUGAUAUAUACCUUCAAUCAAAUGAAGCCACAUAGCAUUCCAUAUACCCCCAGAUUCCUUGAAGUCUUUUUAAUAUAUUGCCAUUCAGCCAAUCAGUGGCUGACAAUAGAGAAAUACAUGACAGGAGAAUUCCGCAAGUACAAUAACAAUAAUGGGGAUGAAAUCACACCUAGCAAUUUGCUGGAAGAAGUUAUGCUGGCUUUUUCUCACUGGAGUUAUGAAUAUACCCGAGGAGAACUUCUUGUAUUAGAUUUGCAAGGUGUUGGAGAAAGCCUCACUGAUCCAUCUGUUAUUAAACCUGAAGACAAACAAGGGAUGACCUUCGGACCGGCAAACCUUGGAGAAGAAGCCUUCAAAAAUUUCAUUUCAAAGCACUGCUGCAAUUCUUGUUGCAAGAAACUCAAACUUCCUGAUUUGAAAAGAAAUGAUUAUGCAUCUGGGAGGGUCAAUCCAGCUUUUGAAAUUGAAACUGAAAUACCAAUGGCAGCAGAAGAUGAGAAUGCAAACAAUAGGGACGAUGAACCACUGGAAUAUUAUACUCGGCUGUGAAGCAAGAGCUACUAAUUUUCAUCAUUAGAAUUUUUUUUCUGAAGGGCCAAAUCCUGGGAAUUCUACUACCUCCACUGUCUGUACUUUUUUAGAAUAAAGAAAUAAAAAA